UAACUGAAGCUGGCUUUGGUGCUGACAUUGGGAUGGAGAAAUUCUUCAACAUCAAAUGUAGAGCCUCUGGCUUGGUUCCCAGUGUGGUUGUACUUGUUGCUACAGUGAGGGCUUUGAAGAUGCAUGGAGGUGGGCCAAAUGUAACUGCUGGUGCCCCCUUGAAGAAAGAAUAUACAGAAGAGAACCUCCAGCUGGUAGCUGAUGGCUGCUGUAAUCUACAGAAACAGAUUCAAAUUUCUCAGCUCUUUGGAGUUCCUGUUGUGGUGGCUCUGAACAUCUUCAAAACUGACUCUCCUGCUGAGGUUGACCUGGUGUGUAAGAUUGCAAAGCAGUCUGGAGCAUUUGAUGCUGUACCCUGCAAUCACUGGUCGGCUGGCGGCAGAGGAGCAGUAGAAUUAGCUCAAGCUGUGGAAAAGGCAGCCAGUCAGAAGACCAGUUUCAAAUAUCUCUACGGCUUGGAGCUUCCUAUUGUUGAAAAAAUAAGAAUCAUUGCUCAGAAGGUGUAUGGAGCUCAGGAUAUAGAGUUGUCUCCUGCUGCUCAGUCACAAGUUGAUCGUUACACCCGGCAGGGAUUUGGAAAUCUUCCCAUUUGUAUGGCAAAAACUCACCUAUCCCUCUCCCAUCAGCCUGAGAGGAAGGGUGUUCCCACUGGUUUCAUUUUGCCAAUUAGUGAUGUGCGAGCCAGUAUUGGAGCUGGAUUCAUCUACCCUUUGGUAGGAACGAUGAGCACCAUGCCAGGACUGCCCACGAGGCCAUGCUUCUAUGACAUCGACCUCGACCCUAUCACAGAGCAAGUGAAAGGAUUGUUUUGA